UGUUUUCAGUUUCACGUACAGAGAGGAGAAGAGAAGAGAAGUUGCAGACGCAGAGAACCGGUCCAUCUCCACGCCGUCGCCGUCGCUGCCGUUUCUGCAGUUAUGGCCUCUUUUGAAGCACCAACACAACCAUCAGCAGAAGCUUCGACUCAAGAUUCUCAAACUCAAAGGAAUGUUAGGGCAAAAACCGAUAUAGCUUGGGGUCACGCUAAAAUUGUCCUAGACGGUGACAAAGAAAAACCACAAUGUAUCUAUUGUAACAAAGUUAUGAAGGGAGGUGGAAUUAAUAGAUUAAAGUUACACUUGGCUGGAGAAACUGGACAAGUCGAAGCAUGCAGCCAAGCUCCUGAAGAAGUCCGCUUUAAGAUGAAACAAAAUCGUGAAGAGACAAGGCUCAAGAAAAGAAAACUGAACAUGCAAUAAGUAAUGAAGAGCAAACACAAAGAGAACAACCUAGGUCAGUGGUUGUUGCAUCUCAAAAGGGAACGAACAAUGGAAGCUUUGAUAAUUACUUUUUGCCUAGAACAACUCCUGGAUCACAGCCUACUAUAAAAAGUGUUUUGCAAACCAAGGAAGUUGUAGAAAAGUGUGAUCUUGCACUUGCAAAAUGGUUCAUUGCUGCAUCUAUUCCCUUCAAUGCAGCAAAUUCACCAUAUUUUCAGUCUGCGGUCGAUGCUCUUUGUUGCAUGGGAGCCGGAUAUAAAGCUCCUUCUAUACAUGAUUUGCGUGAGAUGUUGUUUAAGCUUUUCAAGGAAGUAGUGUUAUAUAUUGGCCCUGAAAAUGUUGUUCAGAUAGUGACAGAUAAUGCUGCAAACUAUGUUGCUGCUGGUAGGUUAUUGGAAAAAGAGUUCCCUAGCCUGUAUUGGUCUCCUUGUGCAGCUCAUUGCAUUAACUUGAUGUUUCAAGACAUUGGAAAAUUACCCGAAGUUAAAGAGGCAGUUUCACAUGCCACAAAUGUUACCAAGUAUAUAUAUAAUCAUUGCUAUCCAUUGUAUUUGAUGAGGAAAUUUACUCAUGGAAGAGAGAUACUUCGUCCUGCUCCAACUCGCUUUGCCACUAACUUCAUUGCUUUGCAGAGUAUUUUGUCUCAGAAAAAUGCACUUAGAGCCAUGGUAACAUCUCAAGAAUGGACAACUUCUGCUUACGCAAAAGAAGCCAAGGCCAAACAAUUUGUGGAACAAGUCUUGAACACUAACUUUUGGACUGCUUGUGCUGACAUAGUGAAACUCACAGAACCACUUGUAGGUGUGUUGCGUCUCGUGGACAGUGAAGAUAAACCUGCUAUGGGUUUUCUUUACAGAAAUAUGUAUAAGGCUAGAGAGGAGAUGGUGAAGAGGUUUCAAAGAAAUAAGACAAAAGUGGAGCCUUACUUGAAGAUCAUAGAUGAUCGAUGGGAUUCACAACUUCGAAAAAAUCUUCAUGCUGCUGGUUAUUGGUUAAAUCCAUCUUGUAGAUUCAGUCCUGAGUUUGAGAAACACAAGUCCACCACAUCUGGUCUUAUAGAUGUCAUUGAAAAGUAUGCUCGUAAUAAUCAUGAGUUGCGAGCAAAUCUUUAUAUUUAGAUAAUGAUUUAUAGGAACAACAAAAUUCGAAACUAUGACCCCAUCAAUGAUGAAUUACUUGAUGAUCAUCAUGAUAAUUGGGUGUUGGAGGAUUCACCGCCAUUUUUAACAGUUGAGGAGUUGGAAUCAUUACGCAAUGAUCUUGCCAAUAUGACCAUCCAACCUAUUUCAAAUGAUAUUGAUGGAUUGAAUUUGGAUGAGGAUGAUGAUUAUGGCAAUGAUGCACCUGACACUAAUGCAGAAAACAUGGAUCAAAGUAAUGUUUUUGAUGAAGCUGCUGGAGAAGAUGUUGAAUUCCUUGAUGAGCUUCAAAUUCAAUCAAUAUUGACUCCUUGGAAUUAAGAUGUUAUUGAUGAUAAUACUUGUGUUGAAAUUAUAUUUUCUUGGGAUCUUUUUGAAUUUUUAUAACAGGGACAAUCUCUUUGAA